AUGGAUUUAGAGCAGCAUUUAGAGAAAGCCAUUCUCAAUCAGCGGACUGAAACGCAGGCCGAGGACCCGGAGGAGUCUUUUUCACCCGUUUCCCGUCGCGUGCUUAGGCGCACUGAGGGCAGUCUUUGUGGGGUCCUCGUAGCCAGCCAAGAUGGCUGCCCCCACAGCGAGGGCUUCCCGAGGCGAACUCAGGUGAGGUGGAGCUGCUCUAGUGCUGAAUUCAGGGAUCCCCUGAUUGACAAGGAACGUUAUGGCAGGCCUGUGGAGAAGCUGACUGAGGAGUGUGAUUGGGCGCUCGAGAAGACUCAGCUCAUCAAAGCUGCUCCAGCAGUGAAAACAAGUUCUGUGUCUGAAGACCCAGCCGUCAGUAAAUUCACCAACAUGACGAUGAAAGGAGGAAGCAAAAUACUGGUCAGAUCCCUCGUGACUCAGACUCUGGAAGCUGUGAAAAGGAAGCAGUUUGAGAAGUACCAUGUCGCUUCUGCAGAGGAACAGGCAACCAUUGAACAGAACCCCUACACCAUCUUCCACCAAGCGCUGAAAAACGGUGAGCCUAUGACUGGGCUGGUACCCAUCCUCAGAGGAGGCCGUUUCUACCAGGUCCCUGAACCCCCAUCCGACCCGCAUCGCUGCUUCCUGGCGGUGAAGUGGGUGAUGGCUGAGUGCUGGGAGAAUAAGCAUAGGCGGACUCUGAUGCCAGAGAAGCUGUCACACGAGCUGCUGGAGGCUUUUCAUAACCAGGGCCCUGGGAUUAAGAGGAAGCAUGACAUGCACAACAUGGCUGAGGCCAAAGAUGCCCUGGCCCACUACCGCUGA